AGGUACUCUGGGCAGCAGGAGAAAGAGUCCAAGUUCAGGAGACCCAUUUCUUUUCACCAGUGGCCCGGAAAAGGAUCCCACUGGCCAGGAAGUUUUUUCUGAGAUUUCCCCGAGCCUCGGCAAUGGCUGCAGGGUGACUUCUUGGGUCACUCCUAUUUCCCCGCCCCACCGAAGCAGCUGACACGGGCCAGCACCCGCGGUCCGAGCCGGGGAAAUGGGCCCGCGAGCCCGACCCGCGCUCUUCUUCCUGAUCCUCCUGCGGACCGUGGCCGCGCAGGGGCGACCACCGCGGUCACACUCUCUGCGCUACCUCUUCAUGGGCGCCUCAGAGCGGGACCACGGCCUGCCCCUGUUUGAAGCCUUGGGCUAUGUGGAUGACGAGCUUUUCGUGGCCUACAAUCACGAGAGUCGCCGUGCAGAGUCCCGUGCCCAGUGGGUCUUGGGUGAGGCCCACAGCCAGCUGUGGCUGCAGCUGAGUCAGAGCCUGAAAGGGUGGGAUCACAUGUUCAUCGUCGACUUCUGGACCAUCAUGGACAACCACAACCACAGCAAGGUAAUGAAGCUGGGGAUGUUGCCAGAGUCCCACACCCUGCAGGUGAUCCUGGGCUGUGAGGUGCAAGAGGACAACAGUACCAGGGGUUUCUGGAAGUACGGGUACGAUGGGCAGGACCAUCUUGAAUUCUGCCCUGAGACACUGGAUUGGAGAGCAGCAGAGUCCAGGGCCCUGACCACCAAGCUGGAGUGGGAAGUGAACAAGAUUCGGGCCAAGCAGAACAGAGCCUAUCUCGAGAGGGACUGCCCUGAGCAGCUGCAGUGGUUGCUGGAGCUGGGGAGAGGGGUUCUGGACCAGCAAGUGCCUCCUUUGGUGAAGGUGACUCAUCAUGUGGCCUCUGCAGUGACCACUCUACGGUGUCAGGCUCUGAACUUCUACCCCCAGAACAUCACCAUGAGGUGGUUGAAGGACAGGAAGCCAAUGGAUGUCAAGGACGCCGAGUCUAAGGAUGUGCUGCCCAGCGGGGACGGGACCUACCAGAGCUGGGAGGCUUUGGCCGUGCCCCCUGGGGAAGAGCAGAGAUAUACCUGCCAGGUGGAGCACCCAGGCCUGGAUCAGCCACUCACUGCCACCUGGGAGCCCUCACUUUCUAACACCCUCGUCACUGGAGUCAUCAGUGGGAUUGCUGUUUGUGUCAUCAUCUUCUUCAUUGGAAUUUUGUUCAGAAUCUUAAGGAAAAGACAAGCUUCAAGAGGAGCCAUGGGGGACUACGUCUUAGGUGAAUGUGAGUGACGCACAGCCUGCAGACUCCUUGUGGGGAGGACACAUAAUUGGAGACUCAGAGAGGGUGCACUUGCGGCAUUCUUUGUGUUUCAGGACAGAGUUGAACCUAACAAAUGGGAACUGUCCCAGGAGGUCUCUGCUCUUAGCCUUCCCUGUUCACUCUCAAAAAGUUCCCUCCAUUUAAGUUUUUGCGUUUCCUACGUUAAGUUAUGCUAAGGACCCCCAGCUGUGACCUCUCCUCCAGAACUGGCUCUCAUGGAUCUCAAGCUGCAUCUAGAGCCUGCUUUAAUUUCCUGCAUCAUCUCAGACUCCAUACACCGACAUCAUCUCAUCUCCUAUCUCUGGAAUAGGGCUCCUUAAAUUUGGGGACUUUUUUUACAUCUGAGAAAAGCUAUGAACCUUCUCCUUGGGACAUACACUCUGAUACCCCUACCAGAAUUGUGCACACACAUCCAGGCAUUUCCUAGACUCACUCAAGUUUCCUUUUAAUCCUCUCUCUCUCUAUUAUCCAAUAACUCAUCUGUCACCAAGACCUGUGGUCUCUUCCAUCAGAGGGUGAUCUGGGCGUUGUAUAGCUGUGAAGGCUGUGCACUACACAACUAAGGAUGCACCUUUCUCAGAAAAGGGAUCAUGGGUGUUUGUGUGUUUUAUAAUAGUUUUCCAGAAAGCGAGUGGGAAUUGUCCUGAGGAGGGUGUCUUUUUCUAAUUUGCACAAAGGUGUCACAUAAGUUUCCUUAGAUUAAUGAUGCCUGCAUUUACAAUGUCUCUCUGGUAUGCCAGACUGGAAUUAGCACAGUAAUUUUCUACUUGGUCUCUGCUGACCCUUUCUCCUUGUUCUGAUAAUGAAAACGAUAAUAUGGAUGAUGAUCAUAAUAAUAAGGUAGCUGACACUUAUU